GGGCUGAAGAUCUGCAGCGCCUCCUACUGUUUACACAGAGAAGAGACUAGGAACUAAAUUUAUUGAGGAUGAAUCUCACUUUCAUUUCUGUGAAAAGAUCAGUUUUGUGACAUGCAAAGGGACUGUCCUGGCCUGGGUCACACCGUCCGGAGCGAAGAACGCUGACGGUGGUUAUCUUGAAUAUUCAUGAAAGUAGUGAAAGACUUUAGUGAAGGUGAAACUUAACCGAAGAACCAAAGCAGAUUCAUUCAAACACCCUGAAACUAUCGCAGAUGAUAUUCAGCCAUGGCAUCCUCCAGUGGUCCACUAAACGAGGAGCUCCAGUGCUCCAUCUGUCUGGAUGUGUUCAAUGAUCCAGUCACCACCCCAUGUGGACACAACUUCUGCAGAACCUGCCUGAACAAAUGCUGGAAAACUAAUCCAGGCUGUUUCUGCCCAAUCUGUAAUGAAAAAUUCAGCAAAAGACCUCAUCUCAAGAUUAAUACAACACUCAGAGAGGUUGUGCAACACUUUAAGGAGAAGCCUGAGCUAGGAACACCUGAGGUGUUCUGUGACAUCUGUGAUGAAAGAAAGCAGAAAGCCCUUAAGUCCUGCUUGAUGUGUCAAAGCUCUUACUGUGAAACUCACCUGAAACCUCAUCACAGAGUCCCGCGUCUAAAGAAACAUACACUGAUCAAUGCUGUGGAAAAUCUAGAGAAUUAUAUUUGCCAGAAACACGAGAGACCAUUGGAGUUGUUCUGCAUAGAUGACCAGACGUGUGUGUGUCUGUCCUGCACUGAAGGUGACCACAGGAAUCACAGCACUGUUCCUAUAGAGGAGGAGAGUCAAGAGAAGAAGAAUCAGAUCGUUAAGACGCAGACAUAUUUGCAGCAGAUGAUCCAGGACAGAAUGAAGAAGAUUCAAGAGAUCCAGCGCUCAGUAGAGCUGAGAAAGAAAGAGAAAUCAACCAGUGUUGAGCUCUUCACUGAUCUAAGACGCUCCUUUGAGAGAUGUCAGUCUGAGCUGCUGGACAAAAUGGAGAAGCAGCAGAAAUCAACAGAGAAACAGGCCAAAGAUCUCAUUAAAGAGCUGCAACAGGAAAUCUCUGAGCUAAAGAGGAGACAAACUGAGCUGGAACAGCUCUCUCAGACUGGGGAUGAUCUCCAAAUCCUACAGAUGUACUCAUCCAUUUGCACUUCUAUACAAACUAAAAACUGGAAGGAGAUCAGUACUGACUUUAAUACGAAUGCGUGCACUCUCAAUAAAGCUCUAAUUCAGCUGAAGGAAUUCAAAAUUGUACAUAAAAAACUUGGUCAAACUGUGCUGAAGAUGAUGCAGCAGUAUGCAGUGGAUGUGACUCUAGAUCCCGAUACAGCUUAUCCUGAACUCAUCUUGUCUAAGGAUGGAAAACAAGUCCGUCAUGGAAACAUUAAGCAGAGCCUUCCUAACUAUCCAAAGAGAUUUGAUUCAUGUUUAGAUAUUCUGGGAAAAGAGGCUUUCUCUUCAGGGAAAUUUUAUUUUGAGGUGCAGGUGAAGGGCAAGGCUGAGUGGGAUUUAGGAGUGGUCAGAGAAUCCAUAAAUAGGAAGGGGAAGGUCAGACUGAGUCCUGAGGAUGGAUGCUGGACUUUGGUUCUGAGGAAUGAGAAUCAAUAUAAAGCUUGUGAAAAUCCCUGUGUCUCUUUGUCUCAGAAAGAGACAAUUGAGAAGGUUGGUGUGUUUGUGGAUUAUGAGGAGGGUCUGGUCUCUUUUUAUGACGUGGAAUCCAGCUCUCAUAUCUACUCUUUCACUGGUCAGUCUUUCAAUGACAAACUCUAUCCAUUCCUCAGCCCAUGUUAUAAUGAUGAAGGUAAAAACUCAAGCCCGCUGAUCAUUUCACCUGUCAUUUCAAAUAAAUGAGUAUACAUACCAAACAUGAAUUACUUGAUCUGAAAGUUUAAAUAUACAUAUGUUGUUAUUUAAAGGACAAGAAAAAGAAAAAAAUAAAUCUGCAUGCCAAGUCAAAAAAUGUGCUUGCUAAAUUCAAAGUAGCAAGGCUUUGAAUCUAAGAUUCAUGAUAAAGAUUAUAAAACAUUUAUAGCCAAUCACAUUAGAUUUAAAACCCAUGCGACUAAUCUGGAGUCAGGUGAAAAUGACAUGUGCUACUUGUUAGAUGUUUGUGCUGCUUGUUACAUGUCCCAAAUAAAGACUAGUUGAUCAUUGACAUACA